UGAUGUGAAUAUUUCAAAAUGGCUGAUUGAUGUUAAAAAUAAAAUAAAUAAGAUAUUACAUUGAAGAUAUAUAAUUUAAAAGACUUAUUAACCGUCUAGUGAAUGUAAAGAGUAUCCUUUAUUAUAAUCAAUUUGACCUGAAAUUAUUAUAAGGAACACUAUUUUAUUACGCAAAUGUCUGUAUUUUAGGUAAUAUGAGUGAUUCUAAUAGUCAAGAGUUGUCUGAUAAAAGCUUAUCAGAAUUUGAAAAGGAACUUGAGGAGGUUGUAAGGGAUGUUGAUAUUGAACAAUCAACAGACAAAGUAUCAAAUGUGUUCACAGCAAGUGAUAACUAUGAAGAUGUUUUGAAAAUUGACGAGAACAAAGUUACUCAGUUAAUGGAAAGUGCUAAUAAUUUUCAAGAAGAUGCACUCAGUGGUGUGUCUAUUGAGAAUGUUAGCAAUACAAGCAACCAAAAGAACUUGGAACAUUCAAUUGGGGCAGUAAUAAUUCAGGAGAAAGUAAAUGAAAAUAGGACCAUAUCGACGUUAGAAAAUAAUGUUAAUGCUGAAAUUAAACAAACAAACCAUGUUGAAGUGGAAGAACAUACAACUGCUUUUACAGGAAAUAAAAAUGUUCCAAAUGUUGCAGAAUCUAUUGAUGAUUCUGAUCCUUGCCUAUCAUUGGAUCGCAGUGGUAAAGACUCCUCAUCUAUACCAGAAAAGAUUGAUAGAACCAUCAACAGCAUUGAACCAUCAUCUGAAAGUAAUACAACUGUAAGUGAACCGUGUGUGUCUCAAGAGGAGCAUUUAAAUGUAAACGAUAUUGAAAGUGGAAACGUUGAAAAUGAUCAAGUAGUUGAAGCAGUAACGGUAAUUGACUCAUCGGAAAAUAUUGAUAUGCGAGAAGAGGACCAAAAGCAAGAAUUAAAAGAUGAAACAGAAACAGUUCAUGAGAUAUUCCACAACGAAUCCGCAGAAGUGGUGAUAGUAAAAAGUUUUCUUAAUUCUUCUACUGAUGAAGGGUUGAAUGUUGAAACUCAUCAUGGGUCAGAAAUAGUAAUUAUCAACGAUUCUGAAAUAAUAAACACUUCUGAAGAAAAUGCCGAGAUAAUUACAGCAAUUACAGGCUCCCAAACAUUAAAUGAACAAGAAGACAUUCAAUUAGAUUAUCUAGAGGACAAUUCAAUCCACCAAGAGAAAGAAGAUGUUAAUGGGAUUAUGGAAAAUGAAGAGUCACGACAUUUUUCAACAGAAAUCGACGGAAAUAAAAAAAUACCUUGUCAUGUACUAGGCAGGAAUGUAGUAAACCCCUCCAUUGAUUUAGCGAGAAAAGGAAGAAUGCCUCCUAAACCUCGUCUGGGUGUAAAAAUACCUUAUAGAAAUUUAACCAGUCAAAUCGUUUCGAAAGACGAAAUUGCAGAGGAAAUUAUGGAGAGGUCUAGGCAACGUAACGCGUCGCUUCCGUCGUCAAAAGAUAUACUAUUUGCAAGAAAACUAACCCAACGACUGGCAAGCAAGUUAGCAGCUGCUGAAAGUUCCGCUGUAAAGAAGGAAUCUCCGUCCACAUCUUCUGUAAAGGAAUCUGUAGAAAAAGGUACGAAAAUGGAAAAACCGACUGGAACUUCUUCAGAAAAGAAGAGUCUCGCCUCAAAUAACGUAAAAAAGGAAAGAAUAUCUGAUAACUCCGAUUUACUUGCAAUUUUGGAAGGAGACGUCGAAAUGGAUUGGCCAGAAACAGAUUCUAACAAAGCUGCAUCUACCAAAUCUUCCAAAACUUCUGUUCAAGGUAAAAAUAAUAUGCACGGAAACUUCCAAAAGAAUGAAAAUAAAAGCGAAAGUGCAUCCAACGGAAGUAGUAUGGACGGUGAUGAUUUUAUUACUGAACCAAAAUUUUCUUCGUCUCUAGUAACCAAAACAUACACAAGAAAGCGCAAAUCAUCGGGAGACGCGGUCCCGACAAACGUUACAUCCAAGAAACCCGUAGUGACAGAAGAAAAACCUUCAGUUGAACAUAAAGUAAGCAUAGAUCUUGCUCCAAACACAUACAUCAGCAAAAGCUCUCGCAUAGUAAAAAAGAAAGUCAUUUGGGAUCCCGACGAAGCAAUUCCCAUGUCUACAUUUGCAAUUUCCAAAUCAAAAAUCGAAACAAAACAAGCCACUCCUGUGAAAAGUAGUGACAAGAAAAUUGUAAAAACUGAAAAACCCAAUCCUACAACUCUAUUUUGUGUCAAAACAUCUCCUGAUAAAAAACUUCCCCUACAAGGCAAACCCCAUCAAGUAUCUGAAGAAAAAUUAACUAAAAAAGCUCAGAAAAUCGCAACUGAAAAAAGUCCUGCAAAAAAGCUAGACACACAAAUCGAUAAAAAGAUCGACGGAAAAAUUUCCAUUGUCAAUGAAAACUCUGAGAAAGUUCAGUCUAAGAAAUCCCCGUCGUCCAUCAAGAAAUCGCCGCUUAAAUCUAAGCAACACAAUCAAGCCCACAAACGGCGAUAUCUUUCGGAAGUUGAUAAACUGCUGAUGGACGAAGGCGCAGUGAAUAUGUUGUACGCAGUUAAAAAUACCGAAGAAAGCGAGAGUCCGUCGAACAAAGUCAAAGGAAAGAAAAAGAAUGACGUGUUUUCUAUCGAUAAUUUUCACCAAGAGCUCCUGGACAAAACGAACGAAAUCAAGAACGAUCUUCAAUUGAACAGCAGUAAAGAAUCUCCAAAAUCAUUACGGAAAAAGGAUAAUUCAAUUCCAAUUUUGAAAAGGUCCGAGGUCGUUGGACCUACCGGGAUACCAUUAGCACGCAAAAAAUCAAAGGAUUCCGUUAGGAAUUCCACACAGAGCCCUCCAUCCUCCCCUGCCUACACUUAUACAGCCGAGGCUUCCAGGAUCAUCCGAAGACACUCGAGCAGUUCGUUUUCUAGUGUAGGAUCGCACACAGAAAAUGUUAAUGACGAAAAUAAAUCGGUGAAUGGGGCCUCGGCGUCACUUGAAAAAACGGUAAAACAUAAAGUAGCAAUAACUGCGGAGGGCACCAAAGCCAAGAAAGUUAAAUUGACAAAGGACCAUACAAAUUCAAAAAAACAAAAGCAAAAGAGAAUUGACAAAAUAACUACGAGCAAAAAUGAUGAAAAACAAGAACAGCAGAGCGACGCAGUAACUACUGACGAUGAAUUUCAAGCUAUUACUCUGAAGAGAUUCGACGACGUGGUACAAAUUGUUUUGUCCUCUUUGUCGGACCAUCUCAGCGAAACGAUCUUAAACGAGUUAAGUACCGUGUUAACUAAACUCGGUAAAGACGACGCUUGUACUACAGUCGUCCUGUCUUCUUCUGGCACCUGUUUUUCUCAAGGAAUUGAUUAUAAUUUGCUCAUUGAAGAAAAUGAAAAUCAACGAAAACUGGUAGCAGAAAAAUUGGCUCUUUCUGUAAAAGACUUUCUAAAAACUUUAGCUGCCUUUCCAAAACUCUUGGUAGCAGGUAUCAAUGGAGACGCGAUGGGCCUUGCUGUUACCAUGUUGCCUCUGUUCGACAUUGUUCUCGCGAGCGAUUCGGCAAUGUUCAGUGCACCGUAUGCUUCUCUGGGAUGCACCCUGGAAGGUGGCAUGUUGUUAUCUUAUUUGCCCAACGCGAUGCAUAACGCUCUGACCAGCGAAUUGUUCUUUACAUCUCGCAAACUAAGUGCAUCUGAUGCCCUAAGGUUUGGACUCGUAACCCGAACAUUGUGGCCAGAUAAGUUUCACGACGAACUUGUAUCCACUCUUAAGACUAUAUCGAAACAAUCACCACAGGGGAUUAUGUCUAUCAAAAAAUCGUUGAGGCAUCAGCUUUUAUCGAACAUUGAUACACUUCUGAAAAUAGAGACCGACAGGUUGGCAGAGCUCUGGGCCAGUGAAGAAUGUCAGAGUAAAUUUAAGGAGUAUUUAGUUAAAAGAAAGUGAGUGUAUAAUGGUAAUGGUUUUCAAUAGAUCAAGUUUUAUGAUUCGGAAAUAUGAUCCCUAAGGGGAAGACGAUUAAAAGGUACAAACUUUUAUAUUUAUAAAAAAAAAAGUAAUGUAACAGGUCGAUAAAAACGUACGUUUUAAUUUCUUUUAACUCAAUACUUUAUUAAAAAGUAUUUUCUAGACCUUAACAUUAAACAACAAUGGUAAUUUUAUGAAUAAAGGUGGUUGUUUGUCUGUAUACGAAAGGUGGCAACAAAUACUGUCUUUAAAUGGUACAUAAAGUAAUUUUUCGUUUUGUCUGACCGUUAAAAAUUGUUUCUCUUAGAUUUAAUGACGAAAAUAUCAGUAAAAUUGUUUAAACAUUAAUUCUUUCAAUAAUAAUAUGUGCCUUUUCUGUAAAAUAUUUCUUAAAAUGGAAUUUUUCAAUCUUCAGUGUUUUCUAAACAAAACAGAAAAGAUAAUAGUGAUUUUUUUCUAUAAUACUACUACUACAUUUUUUACUUUUUUUUUGACGAUAAAUUUUUAAACACGUUUAUUCGUUUUGAAAAUUUUGUUUUUCUCCUAAAACUUUUUAUAUUAGCCGGACAUUUUCUUAGAAAGGUGUAUUUUUUCUGUAAUCCUCGAAACGAAUGUCACCCUAUCAAAUAAAUAAAAUUAUUCUAAUUUAAGUAUUAUAUCCUGGCAGUUCGUGUAAAUAUUUAUGUGUUUGAUAAUGAUAAUAUUCUCUUAUUAAGUAAGAUCUAAUUAAGAAUUAGUAAACAUUCAUUAUUCAUUCAAGUACGUCUUAAAUUAUCCGGUAGGGUUUAAAUAAAUCUACAGAAAUUUUGUUGUUCAAGGUACAGGCUUAACAAAAAUAAUGGUCCAAAUCGUACAACAUCGUAACACACAAAAUAAUCGAAAUUAUUUGGUUAGUUGUUACACGUUGGUAUGAUAGAGUCACUAUUUUUAUAAUCAGCCGUACACUAUAUUUAGUUUCAAUGUGUUGUAUGCAGCACAUAUUUUAUAUUUUAGUUACUAUAAGUAUACAAGCAAAUAUAAAAAGAAAAUAUGAAAAUAAGUACUGUAC